AUGCAAUAUGACCUUUCAUCAUUUAAUGUACGAAUCAUACCGAUGACUGAAGCCAAACAAGAUUUAAUAGAAUUAUCAACAAAUCCUUUAGAUGUAUGGAUAAAUACACAUUAUGAUGAAUUGUGUGCAGGUAUGACGUGUAAAAAUGCUCUAUUCUGCAAACCAUCAGACAUGAAAGACAAGAAUUUUCAAAUGAGCAUUAAGGAUAAAUGUGAUAGGAAACAUAGAAGAAUAGACGAUAAACAAACAUGGUGUUAUGUUUUGAAAGAAGAAAUGAAAGGAUUAUAUAAACAGGUUGAACCAAAUGAUAAUGAUGAUUCAUUUACUGACGAUGAAAUACCUGUAAAUGAUGCUUUAUAA